AUGGCAGAGGGGGGCGAUGAGAGAUUUGAUGGAGUCCUCCUGAACAUUGCACAGCAGGCGGGUUCCAUCGACAGUAUCCUCGACUCCUUCUUCGGCUUCCUGCAGCGGAAAACGGACUUCUUUACGGGAGGUCAGGAUGAACAGGCCGCAGAGGAGAAGGUCUUGAAGUACUACAAGAAGCACUGGAAGAUGGGCCAGAAGCGGCGGCAGGAGCAGCAGGAGAGAAACCGAGUCGCCGACGAGGAAAGGAAGAGAAAGGCCGACGAGAAGAAGAAAAAGGACGAGGAGGAGUACAGAAAAAGAAUGGAGGAGGCGGAGAAGAGCAAGGCGAACGUGCCCAAGAUCGAAGAGGUCACGGAAGAGGAAGCGAGCCAGAUCAAGGCGGACAAAGCCAAAAAGAGCAAUGACGAAGAGGGCGGAGAGGACAAGGAGGCAGAGGAGAAGGAAGACAAAGAGCCUCCUCCACCGGGCAAUGGUGGCAAGACUGAGAAGUAUACCUGGACUCAGACCUUGGGCGCGCUCGAGGUCUUCGUCCACGUGCCUCCAGGCAGCAAGGCUAAGCAGAUCAUCUGCGACAUUGGCGGUGACACCCUGAAACUGGGUGUGAAAGGCCAGCCGCUCAUCCUGGAUGGCAAGAUGCACUCCAAGGUCAAGCCAGACGACUGCAUGUGGACGCUUGUGGACAACAAGAUUGUCCAGAUCACCUUGGAGAAGUUUGACAACAUGAAGUGGUGGAGUUGCGUCAUGGAAGGUGACGCCGGCAUUGACACGAAGAAGAUCGUGCCAGAAAACUCCAAACUGUCGGACCUGGACGGCGAGACCAGAAUGACAGUUGAGAAGAUGAUGUACGACCAGAGACAAAAGGCCCUCGGAAAGCCAACUUCCGAUCAGGAGAAGCAGCACGACCUGCUUGAGAAGUUCAAGGCAGCGCACCCUGAGCUGGACUUUUCCAAGGCGAAGAUCAACUACGGCGGCGGUGGCGGCGGCGGCUUCAACAUGUAA